GCAAAGCACACAACAGCUGCUAAUGCGACUACUAGCUCUAUUGAUUAGUUAUUUUCGUUGUAUACAAAAUUGCAGUACUUCAAACACUUUGUGGCUGCCAGCGGGAUAACACAUCUUCUGUAGUUCAGAGAUAUACCAGCAGUAUUCCUAAAAUCUCAACCAGCAUAUUACGAUCAUAUCUACGCAAAAUGGCAACGGACUCUGGCAUAUUGGAGACAGUGGAACUGCAAUUACCACAAGGGCGCAUACGCGGUGCAAAACGCGAGACUGUCUAUGGCGAUACCUACUACAGCUUUGAGGGCAUUCCCUAUGCUCAGCCACCAGUUGGAAAGUUGCGCUUUCGGGCACCCAAACCCUUUGGGAAUUGGAAAGACACGCUAGACUGCACAAACAGUCCACCCAAGCCGGUGCAAAAGAGUUUACGAACUGGUAAAGUUGAGGGUAGCGAGGAUUGCCUUUAUCUGAACGUUUUUACUAAAAAUAUUAAUGCAACUAAGCAACUGCCUGUGAUGGUUUGGAUUUAUGGCGGCGGUUUUCAGACUGGUCGUGCAGCACGUGAACACCAUGGACCCGAUUAUCUCUUGCAAGAAGAUAUUGUUUUUGUAUCUUUGAAUUAUCGCUUGUGCUCUUUGGGUUUCCUUAGCCUCAGCGAUCCUCGCCUCGACGUACCUGGUAAUGCCGCACUCAAGGACCAACUGCUCGCUCUAAAGUGGAUCAAAAACAAUAUUUACUACUUCAAUGGAAACUCCAAUAAUAUCACAGUUUUCGGUGAAAGCGCUGGCGCUGCGUGCGCACAUAUUUUAUCCCUGACCGAUCAGGCUCGUGGACUCUUCCAACAGGCAAUUUUGAUGUCAGGUACCGCACUUUGCUCUUGGGCUAAUAUGACCCAAAGAGAUUUGGCUUACCGUUUAGCUGUACACCAUGGUUACAAAGGAAGAAAUAAUGACACGGAAGUGCUUGCCUACUUGGAAAAUUUGGAUGCGUCGAAAUUAGUGGACCAUUCGCUGCUUAACGAUGCAGAAAAACGUGAAUUCCAUUGGCUAACUUUCGCACCAACUGUAGAGCCAUAUGAAUCAGAUAAUUGUAUUAUACCCACCGAUCCAUUGAAUAUGUUAAAGUCAGCAUGGGGUAAUGGCAUACCUAUGCUCAUAGGUGGCAAUUCAUUUGAGGGCUUAGUUAUGUAUCCUCGUCUCAAGACACACCCGCAAAUAUUUGACUUAGUUAGGCAGCAGCCUGAAUUAUUACUGCCUACCGAAGUGAAAUACAGUCAUAAAGAUAACGAAAAUCGGGUUAUGGGUGAACGCAUACUUAAUCUGUAUUUCGGUAAGCAGAAGGACGAAGUGGUGACAACGCAGCCAACGCAGGAUCCCAUAUUCGAUUUGUUGCAUCUCUUCUCGCACAAGCUUUUCUGGCAUGCCGUCCACCGCACAGCACUUGCGCGCAUGAAAUAUGCCACGGCCAACACAUUUCUCUACCGAUUUGACUUUGACUCGCCCACCUUUAAUCAUCAUCGCUUACGCUUCUGCGGCGAGGACUGUGUAAACGGUGUUGCACAUGCCGAUGAGAUCUCAUACUUAUUCUAUUUACAAGAAUCUAGCAAAUUGGCCGAGGAUUCACACGAGCAUGUAACCAUUCAACGCAUGGUUGGUAUAUGGACAACUUUUGCGAAAUUGGGUGAUCCGAAUUGUGCGGAUAUCGAACCUCAUAUUUGGGUACCAAUAGAAAAGAAAAGUGCCGAUUAUGGGCUUAACAUUAGCCAUGAGGUGCAAGUAAUGCAAAUACCAGAUGCCCCUAAGCUGGCCGCAUGGGAUGCUUUAUAUGACAAGCGAAUGCUCUAUGGUUCCGUAUCUGAUGAAGAGGAAGAAUUUGAGAAGGACGCGAGCGCUAAUUAGCGCUACAGAACACUAGGUAGAUAUACUUGGUAAUUAAAAAUAA